CCCACCCCUGCCCUCACCACCAAGGCGACUCCCAUGGCUCAGACCCAGGCUGGACCUCACGGGCCUGGCCGUGUCCUGGGGCAUGAGACUCUCACCCUUCCCAGUCAGGAUCUGCUGCCUGGAGGACUCUGGAGGAGGAGCCGGCCUGGCAUCUUGGGGCAGGGAGAGCCACAGAUGGGAGACGAGGAGGCCACUGUGGGCCAGGUGCAGGUCCCAGGUCCCAGCCCCUGGCUGGAGGCAGCACCUGUGUGGGCUGGUGGAGGUGGAGAGGCCACUCGGGGUAGGCGUCAUUCCCAAAGCCCUGCUGCCAUCCUGGGGAAGGGAAGCGUGUGCACAGAGGCCAGGCCUACACCCAGGGCAGCUCGCCGGCAGUGGGCAGAUUGCAGCAGGAACAGUAGGAAGGACGUCUCUGUGGAGGCUGGGCAGCUGGGCCCCAGCUUGGUUCCCAGGAGAAGGGGCAGGUAUCAGGGGCCUGGCCCCUCCACUCAGGGUAGGGCUGGCUGUGGAGGCACCUGGCCUGGUCUGGGGCGGCUCCGGGGUUCUGGGAGGGCCUUGGGCUGCAGAAUGACCUCACCAGGGAUGGAAGGUGAGGGAUGGAGGGUUGGUGGGAUCACCAGGGAUGGAGGGGGAGGGACAGGCAGGGCGCAUCACCUCACUCCUCCCGGCUGCUUUGUUCAGGGCAGGGGCAGCCAGGGUGGGAAGGGGGUCAUUGGGCAUCUGUCGUGGGCUCCCAGUUGGAGCUGCCCCUCUAGACAGGUGAUGAGCCUCCCAUCCCUGGGGACAUGCAAGUGGAGGGACACCUGGCAAAGCCGCAGCUCCCACUGUGGAUGGGUUGGAACGCGUGUCCUCCAAAUCGUAAACACUGGCUACUGCAUCCCAGCUCAGCUGUCUCUCGGGGCGCAGUGUCUGAAAGCCAGGUGCCCAUCUGGGUCCCACAGAGUCUGGCCAUCUGUGAUGCCCUCCAUGACCCUCAGGGAGCCCCCUCCCUUGCCAGGCAGGGGUCCUUGUUCCUCAGCUCCCACUGCGCGUGCCCCAUGUCUGACGUGUCUCUGGGGCACCGUGACCUCCGUCAGCCCCACAACCUGGGGGCUACAGCGCCUCACAGCACCGCUUCUGCAGCCACCGUGCCCCAGCCUCUCAUGAGUCCCACGUCUUGUGGCCACAGAAGUGCCAGCAGGGACACACGGGGCUGCCUCUUGCUGGUGACAGGAGUGUCCGCUGCAGUCGUCACAAGUCUCUCUCUGGGUCCGGAGGAGGGGUGGCAGGGAGAGAGGCCACCCGUGCCGGACAGGGUGGCGGCAGCUCAGCGCGAAGAACGUGGAAUGGAGCCAACGCCUCCCCGCCUCUAACCCUGCCUGCUGCUUCCUCUUUAACCCGGCAGCUCCGCAGCAGAACGGGCCCUGCACCCUCGCUCAUGACCCACGCUGCGCACGGCUGCACCCCUCCCAUGGUUGCAGAUACUCAGGUCCACAGCCAAUCAGGUGGCAGUGUAGGUCCAUGAGUGAAGGUGCCAGGCUCAGCCCCAAGUGCAGGGAGGGUGUGGGCGAGGCCCUGGGUUUUCCAUCACCGGCCAGCAGGUGGCGGGCACACCGGCUUCCCCGGGGGUCAGGUUAGUCCAAGCGCACAGAGCCUUGGCCGAGCGCAGUGGCUCACACCUGU